AAAACUGGACAUCGAGAUGAGCCAACUCCUCUGGCCUCUUCUGCUCCUGCUGUUGUUCUCCUCGCAGGCCCAGCCUGAUCGUCAGAGGAGUCGAAUAAUUGGUGGCCAUGAAGCUAAACCCCACUCCAUAGAUCGUCAGAGGAGUCAAAUAAUUGGUGGCCAUGAAGCUAAACCCCACUCCAGACCCUACAUGGCUUCCCUGAAGAGGGGUAUCCAGUUAAACUGUGGCGGAUUUCUAGUGGCACCCCAAUGGGUCAUGACUGCAGCACAUUGCAUGGGAGAUAUUACUGUCAUCUUGGGAGCGCACAAUGUCUACCACAUCGAAGACUCUCAGCAAGUGAUUGGCGUUCAGUCUUACUUCAGGCAUCCAGAAUAUGACCGGUGGACCACCGCAAAUGAUAUUCUCCUGCUUAAGCUGACCUCAAAGGCCACUCUAAAUAAGUAUGUCCAAGUUGUGCCCUUGCCAAAGUCGACCAGCGACCUCCCCACUGGCACACCCUGCAGCACAGCUGGAUGGGGCCUCAUCGAUGAAAACCAGGCCACGGAGAAGCUCUACGAGACUAACAUCACCAUCUACAAUCGUAAAAAAUGUAAGAUUCUCUUCCCAGAACUGGAUGAUGGGAUGAUCUGCGCAGGCAGUGACCACCAGCUGCGAGACUCAAGCCAGGGGGAUUCCGGGGGUCCCAUGGUCUGCGGCGGUGUGGUGCAUGGAAUCGUCUCGUUCGGCUAUGACUUCCCGCCUGGGGUGUACGCGCGUGUUGCCCACUACCUGCCCUGGAUCAAGGAAGUCAUGGGGCCCGACCUGUGAAAAGGAGCACUAUUGAUCUGGGCUGGGGGGCCGCCAUGUCUUUCAUUUGUGGAAUGUGUGGCUUGGCUUGCCUUCUGCUACUUCUCCCACCCGCAAGAGGCUCUGUUGCAAAACAACACAAGCCACACAAUCGGAAUGAGCCAGUCCACGGGAGGUUUACUAUGCAAUUGCUAUUUUAUUGCACCUACACGGGCACCUCAUCCCUUCCUGCACCCAGAGAAAGUUCCUCAGCCUUGUCCCGCCCUAUCCUGCCCUACCCUUACUUCCCCAUAUUUACACCCCUACUUCCCCAUGCACCCCUUCCCCAUGCUUCCACCCUUACUUCCCCAGACGCCCCUUCCCCAUGCUUCCACCCUUACUUCCCCAGACGCCCCUUCCCCAUGCUUCCACCCUUACUUCCCCAGACGCCCCUUCCCCAUGCUUCCACCCUUACUUCCCCAGACGCCCCUUCCCCAUGCUUCCACCCUUACUUCCCCAGACGCCCCUUCCCCAUGCUUCCACCCUUACUUCCCCAGACGCCCCUUCCCCAUGCUUCCACCCUUACUUCCCCAGACGCCCCUUCCCCAUGCUUCCACCCUUACUUCCCCAGACGCCCCUUCCCCAUGCUUCCACCCUUACUUCCCCA